AUGACUACAUUCGCUGCUCUAACCCUCAUCGUCAGCGCCGUUUUCUUAGGUGUCACCCAAGCAGAAUCCAACAGCACAGCCAGUAAUACAACUAUGGUUAGAUGGGUGUCCCCCGCACCUCGCCAAAUCUGUUCCUGGAAAUGCGUGCAUCUUAACAUCCCAACCCAUGAAGAGAUCCAGGGUGAAUGGCAUACGAUGCAAAUCUGCAGGUGCAUUCCUGAUAUAUCGAUCUGGCCUAAAGCACCCCUGCGCCGAAAAUGGAGUCGCAAGAUUAUCUGGAUGACAGUCAUUGCUCUUGGGCCCGAGUUUGGGGUGGCGCUGGCUGCGAAGCAGUAUAUGGAUGCCCGCCAGGAAUUAAAAGAGUUUACGAAAGCUCUGUCUAACGAAGUGUUAAAACAAACUUAUCUGGCCCAAAGAUCUGACACCUUCACAGUAGAAGUCCAGCCUGAUAUGUUCAGAAUACCCGAGUUUGAGAUAAAGGACCUAAGCAAAGCUGAUGUCAUCACCAAGGCGUUUGCUAUCACCCAAUGCACGUGGCUCAUAGUGCAAAGUAUCUCGCGAGUCGCACACGAGUAUUCCAUAUCUCUGCUGGAGUUGGCGACGUUGGCAUUUAUCUUUUGUGCAUUCAUCAUGCACAUCUUUUGGUGGAACAAACCUUUCGAUGUCGAAUCAAGGCGAGUUGUCACAGCGAUAGGGCUCAAUCCAAAAGUCCCUCCAAAUUUGAGCACCUUUUCAAUGGAUGAUUUGACGGUGUCCAAGAACUUCCGUUUCCGGGAAAGAGUAAAAGACCUAUCGUGGCAGAGGUUUGAGGAUCUCAUAGCCGAAAUAUCGGAAAUCAUUGAUCCCGCCGAUACAUCUCGACCUUACAUAGAUUAUCUCCCUUCCGCCUCCCUAUACAUCGCAUCGGCUACAUUUCUUGCUAUUCACUUAGCCGCCUGGAAUCGGGACUUCCCCUCCUCUGUAGUCAGAUCACUCUGGAGAUGGCUCAACCUUAGUACACUUGUGACUUCGUUUGCACCCUUGAUAUUGGGCUUCCUGUAUUCCUUGGGACCUCGACGAGGCACCUUUGAAAAAUUCUGGAGUUACUUACAUCAUAUCGAGAUUUGCGGUUCUGGGUUUGACGUUUUAUUGUCUGUCGUCGAUGCCAGAGAAUGCAUAUGCCACUUUGGACUGGUUGGCGUGGGUCCCGCAUUUCUCAUAGGAGCUUGCAAAGUUGAUAAUGAGAGGCUCGAUACAGGCAAUGAUUGCGCGGUGGAACUCGUGGCACGUGGGGAUGUUGGAGCAAGGGUGUUGCCUGACGGUGACUCCGUAGCCGGUUUCAUAUUUCCACCAACGAGUCAUGUUCAAUCCGGUGAUUACAAAGAUUCGGUAUCCCCAUGA